AUGGCCAAACGAAAACAGGACGAGCCUGAUUCUGGCGACGACUCCGACGACGACCGCAGUCUCAUCGACGUCGACUUCGAGUUCUUCGACCCCCACCCAGAUAUCGACUACCUCGCCCUCAAACGCCUUCUCACCCAGCUUCUCGCCGCGGAUGCCCAAGAGGUGCCCGUGCACGACCUCGCCGAUCUCAUCCUCGCCCAACCCCUCGUCGGUACGACCGUCAAGUGCGAUGGGCGAGAGAGCGACCCGUACGCGGUCUUGACGGCCCUCAAUAUCCUCGAGCACAAGGAGCGCCCCUCUAUUAAAGCCCUCGUCGCCUACCUCCUCGCAAAAUCCGUCGCGGACGCAACGCUGCACUCGAAGCUGCAGACCCUGCUCGGGCCCAACUCGACCGACGCCAUCGGCCUCGUCGUCUCCGAGCGGCUCAUCAACAUGCCCGUCCAGGUCGUCCCGCACAUGUACCGCAUGCUCGCGGACGAGAUCCAGUGGGCUCUCGACGACAACGAGCCCUACGACUUCAAGUACCUCCUCCUCGUCUCCCGCAUCUACCGCCUCACCGCCGACGAGGCCGCCGAAUUGCACGCCCCCUCAUCGCGCACGAAACGCGCCAAGCACGCCGCGGACCCCCCGGAGCACCCGGGCCCAGGCGUCUUCCCGUUCCACCCCGAGGACGACGUGAUUCGCAAGUUCGCGUCGCACACGCUGGACUACACCUUCACGCACGCGCAGCCGCGCGACGCGGAGGCCUUCGGGCUGGACACGGGCGGGCGCAUGAUGCUUGUCCCAGCGAACAGGCUCCGUGAGAUUGCGGCCGCGCUCGCUGAGGCGUACCCCCAGCCCUCAUAG